GGUGGUGGGGUUCUGGGGCGCUGCUAUGGAGGGGUGUAGCGAGCCACAGCUGGAUGCUAAGGCCAAGGUCACCAACCAGCUAAUAGAUUUUCAGUGGAAGCUGGGUAUGGCUGUGAGCUCAGACAGCUGCAGAUCACUUAAGUAUCCUUACGUUGCAGUGAUGCUCAAAGUGGCAGAUCAUUCAGGCCAAGUAAAGAGCAAGUCCUUCGAAAUGACAAUUCCACAGUUUCAGAAUUUCUACAGACAGUUCAAGGAAAUUGCUGCAGUUAUUGAAACUGUGUGAAAACUGAUUACUUUGUUGAUGAAUUGCUACCAUCAUUCUAAAAUCAUGAACUUUACUUUCUGCAACAAAACUGCCUAAGGAUCAAAUGAUAUUUAUUGAAUGAAAAUUAUACUUUUGAUUUUCCAUUUUUUUAAAUAAUAAAAAAGAAAAUCAGACAAACAGGAAUUACAAAGUGGUGAUCGCUGCACACUUUGUGAAUAUACUAAGAGCAACUGAAUUGGAAACUUUAAAGAGUGAAGAACUCUGUGGUAUGUGAAUUAUAUCUUAAUGAAAAAUAAAUCAGACAAACAGUUGAAUGAUAUUAAAAGCAGCACAAGUUUAUGUAUUAGACCAAUAGUUUUAAAAAAUACUGGUAAUGUUACCCAUUUUAUAAGCAAACUCUUCCUUUUUGGCAUUCAUUUUUUUAUUGAUGUAUAGUUGAUUUACAAUAUUAUAUUAGUUUCAGAUGUACAACAUGGUAAUUCAAACUUUUUAGAGAUUAUACUCCAUUUAUGGUUAUUAUAAAGUAUUGGCUAUAUUCCUUGUGCUGUGCUGUACAAUGUAUCCUUGUAGCUUAUUUAUUUAUUUAUUACUUUAAAAAAAAAUUAUUUAUUUUAUUUUUGGCUGUGGUGGGUCUUCGUUGCUGCACGUGGGCUUUUCUCUAGUUGCGGUGAGCGGGGGCUCCUCUUCGUUGUGUGGGCUUCUUGUUGCGGUGGCUUCUCUUGUUGCAGAGCCCAGGCUCUAGGCGCUCAGGCUUCAGUAGUUGUGGCACUCGGGCUCAGCAGUUGUGGCGCACGGGCUUAAUUUCUCCACAGCAUGUGGGAUCUUCCCGGACCAGGGCUCGAACCCGUGUCCUCUGCAUUGGCAGGUGGAUUUUUAACCACUGUUCCACCAAGGAAGCCCCAACAGUCUUUAUUUUAAAGUCUAUUUUAUCUGAUACGAGUGUUGCUACUCCAGCUUUCUUUUGAUUUCCAUUUGCAUGGAAUGUCUUUUUCCAUCCCUUCACUUUCAGUCUGUAUGUGUUCCAAGGUCUGAAGUGGGUCUCUUGUAGACAGCAUAUAUAGAGGUCUUUUUUUGUAUCCAUUCAGCCAGUCUGUGUCUUUUGGUUGGGGCAUUUAAUCCAUUUACAUUCAAGGUUAUUAUCGAUACGUAUGUUCCUAUUACCAUUUUCUUAAUUGUUUUGGGUUUGUUUUUGUGGGUCCUUUUCUUUUCUUGCAUUUCCUGCCUAGAGAAGUUUCUUUACCAUUUGUUGUAAAGCUGGUUUUGUGGUGCUGAAUUCUCUUAGCUUUUGCUUGUCUGAAAAGCUUUUGACUUCUCCAUCGAAACUGAAUGAGAUCCUUGCUGGGUAGAGUAAUCUUGGUUGCAGGUUUCUCUUUCAUCACUUUAAGUAUAUUCUGCCACUCCCUUCUGGCCUGCAGAGUUUCUGCUGAAAAAUCAGCUGAUAACCUUAUGGGGAUUCCUUUGUAUGUUAGUUUUUGUUUUUCCCUUGCUACUUUUAAUAUUUUUUUCUUGAAUUUAAUUUUUGUUAGUUUGAUUAAUAUGUGUCCUGGUGUGUUUUUCCUAGGGUUUAUCCUGUAUGGGAGUCUCUUUUUCCUGGACUUGGGUGACUAUUUCCUUUCCCAUGUUAGGGAAGUUUUCGACUAUAAUCUCUUCAAAUAUUUUCUUAGACCCUUUCUUUUUCUCUUCUUCUUCUGGGACCCCUAUAAUUUGAAUGUUGAUGCGUUUAGUGUUGUCCCAGAGGUCUCUGAGAUUGUCUUCAAUUCUUUUCAUUCUUUUUUCUUUAUUCUGCUCCUUGGCAGUUAUUUCCACCGUUUUGUCUUCCAGCUCACUUAUUUGUUCUUCUGCCUCAGUUACUCUGUUAUUGAUUCCUUCUAGUGUAUUUUUAUUUCAGUUAUUGUGCUGUUCAUCUGUUUGUUUGUCCUUUAGUUCUUCUAGAUCUUUGUUAAACAUUUCUUCUGUGUUCUCAAUCUGUGCCUCCAUUCUGUUUCCGAGAUUCUGGACCGUCUUACUAUCAUUACUCUGAAUUCUUUUUCAGGUAGGUUGCCUAUUUCCUGUUCAUUUAUUUGGUCUUGUAGGUUUUUACCUUGCUCCUUCAUCUGUGACAUAUUAUUUUGCUGUCUCUUUUUUUUUUUUUUUUUUAAUGAGUGGGAUUGUGUUCCUGUCUUACUGGUUGUUUGACCUGAGGCUUCCAACACUGGAAUUUUUAGGCUCUUGGGUAGAGCUGGGUCUUGGUGCUGAGAUGAGGAACUCUGUGAGACCUCACUCCGUUGAAUAUUCCCUGGGGUCUUUCUGUUAGUCCAGUGGUUCAGACUUGGAGCUCCCACUGCAGGAGCUUUGGCCCAACCCCCCGGCUCGUGAACCAAGAUCCCUCAAUGUGCAUGGGGUGGAAAAAAGAAAAGAAAAAAAAAAAAAAAAAGAACAGUAACAAAGUAAAAAAAUUAGACUGGGAAACUAACAGAUAUGUUAGGAAGAAUAUAAAAAUAUGAAUCAACAACCAGAAGGUAUGUCAGUACCACAGUAGUAAAAGAGAGGAGGAGGGAAAAGAAAAGAAAAAAGAAGUGGGGGGAGGCCUUGGCUGUGGAGGGCGGGGCCUAAGCAAGGGCGAGGUUUGGGUGGUGGGUGGGGCCAAUGCUCAGGACCCACAGGGCUGGAAAAGGCCCUGGGGGCUAUGGGGGGUGGGGCUUAGGCUCAAGGAACAGAAGGGGCCAGGAGUGCCCCCCAGCCCUGGUCUCAGAGGGCAGGGGACCUCACCUGGGAGCCCAGCAGGCUUCCUGGGCUUGAGUGGGCGGGGCAGACGCCCUCGUCUCCUCUCCCGCUCCUCCAGCCUGCAAGAGCCCAUGCCUCCUGCCUCUCCUCAUCUCCCCAGCCUCCCUUCUAUGCCCCCAGGACCAAUUCGGUUGUGGGGGCACCUUGGAGGGCAGAGGACCAGCCUGGGAGCUCAGCAGGCUCCCCUGGUCCGAGUGGGCGGGGCAAUCAACCUCUCCACUCCUCUCCUGAUCUCCCCAGCUUCAGGGGUGCCCAUCCUGUCUGGCGUCCACUUCUCCUCCCCCCGCAGUCCCCCUUCAUCCUACCAGUUCACUUUGGGGUUUCCUCGCGUCUUCUUGGGCAUCAGAGUCCCUCACCAGCGGUCGGCAGGUGCCCUCGUUGUGGGGAGACGCUAACUCUUCGUCUUCCCACACAGUCAUCUUGACUCCGCCUCUCUAAACAAACUCUUACAUAGAGUCCUUUAUAGUCUUAUAUAUAAAGUAUAUAUGAAUGACAAAAGUAGUAUUUGAUUAGGAUAAUGUUACUUUACAAAUUCAAUUUUAUAACAUUAACUUAUGAAAGCAAUCAGAAGAGUGAGGCUGCUCCUUCUCCAACAUUUGGAAUCAGGUUAGGAUUGGUCAUUGCUCCCUUAUUUUAGCCAAGUAUUCAGAUGUUUCUGUUAUUAAUAUUUGUAGAAAGUUCAAAUAUGUGCACAGACAUAGAAAAAUAAAUUUUAUUAUGAGUUUAUGUAACAACUGAGUUAACCUGGUAACACAAGUUAUUGUGUUAGAUGGUCUCUUUUGAAUUUAGAUUUAUAAAACAGUUGUUAAAAUAUUUUAUAAAACCACAGCAAUCAACACUGUAUGGCAUUGCUCAGGAAAAUAAACAGAUCACUGGAAUAGACUAGGUGGCCUAGAAAUAGAUCAAGAUAUUUGGGACAAAGAUGAUAUUUCAGUUGGGUGAGAAAACAGGAUUGAUUUAAUAAAUGAUACUAGCAGUCUCAACACAUGCAAAAGUAAGUUCCAGAUGAAUUAAUUAUUUAACUAUAAAAGAUAGAAAUUAGACGUUUUAUAGAAUAUGUUAACUAAGGCUUGGGAAGCAGCAACACCACAGCUAUAACAUAAAACAAAUAUAUUUGAAAUGUAAGAAUUAAAAAAUUAUAUGUGGGAAAAAAUGGGUCAUAAACAAAGAUAAAAGACAAAUGCUAGGUUGAUGUGUAGGUUAGUACUUAGUCUGGAAACAAAUUGCUUUAAGUAUUUCAAGUAGGAAGAGGUUUUAUACAAGAAAUGAGAUGUUCACUAAACUGUCAGAAAGACUGAGAGAACAAGUCAGGAGAAAUCAUUGCUGGCUUUUAGAAAAUCCGGUAAUGCAGGAACUUCAGGGAAAGCCCCUGCCAGUAAUCUCUGCAGAAUGCAGGAUGUCACCUGGAAGCAACUACAGGCCAUUUCUGCCAAGUGUCAACAUGUUAGAAUGAAAUAAAGGCUGCUUGCUUUCUUCACCUUUUCUAGUUUCAGUGAGAGUGCCUCUCAUUGGUGGAAGUUAAACCAGGACCCUGUUGACACAGGAAUCUGGUCAGUGGAGUUUCUAGUCUUUUAGUACCUUUGGAAGGGAGAUUUAGAAAAGCAAGAAAGGUGCUGAAUAUUCCUACUCUGCUGACAGAAACAGGAGUUGUCAUGGCCUUUUUUGUGAAGUGAUAGACAUACACACAUUAUAUAGAAUUUCACAGCCCAGAAAUUUCAGUCCAGAAAUAUAUCCUUUGGAGUAAAGCCACCAAUACAGUAAGGCCCCUACAUACGAACCUUCAAGCUGUGAACUUUCAAAGAUGCGAACAUGCAUUCGCAUGUCCAGUCACGUAAGUUAGUUCACAUGUCUGGUGUACGUUGUCACGUGCAUACAUCCUCUGCAAGUGUGCUUUUGUGUACUUUACAGUACUGUAUAGAGUACAGUAGUACAGUAUCUUUAUUUCAAGCCCAGGAUGUCAUCUAUGACGAGAAAAAAAGUAGCUACUACCCAGACAUCACUGGAUCAUUUUUUCAAGAGGGUCGAUAGAAUUGAAUCCAGCAAGGAGCCAGAACCUGUGCCAUCAGCGUCAGGUGUGAGUGAAAUUGCAGCUUGCCCUCCGUCUCCUGUUGCUGACGAUCCUUCAGCUCUACCACCUCCCACCUCCUCUCCCUCCUCCAGUCAGUAACUCUUCUUGCCUGUUCCCUCGAUGCCAGCCCCUGUAUGCCCGCUGUUGUACUGUACUACUGUAUUUUUCAAGGUACUGUACUGUAAGAUUAAAAAUGUUUUAUUUUUGUGUUUUAUGUUAUUUGUGUGAAAAGUAUUAUAAACCUAUUAUAGUACAGUA